AUGGGAAAUACCUUAGGAAUAGAUUGUUCUUUUAAUUAUGUUCACGUAACAAAUAUUUUAAUUAAUGAUAGAAAUAAAAAAAAAACUUUCAUUGAAAUAAAAAAUAAAUGUAAUACAUGUUCUCAUAACAGAAAUGUUUUAGAAUAUGAUAAUACAAAAGACCUAUAUAGUUUAAGUAAUUCAUAUAAAUUAGAGUUAAAGAAAAAUGAGGAUGAUAUUGAGAAAAAAUAUUUUAGUUUAGGCACAAAUAUCAUAAAUAGAGACCAUUCAGAGAAUCAAAUAAAAGAAAGUUUAUAUGUAAUAGAAGAUAAUAAAGAAAUAUUUAAUGAGACUUUGGAAAAUAAUGGGGAAAGUGAUGAUACAAAAUAUUUUUCUGAAGAAAUAAGAAAAAAAAAGGAAAAAGAAAGCGUUAUAUAUAAAAAUAGAAGUGAUAAUAAAAUAAUGGAAAACUACAUAAAUAAUAAAGAAAAAAUAUCAAAUGAAAAUAGUAGUAACUUUUUAAAAGAAAUAGAAAGAAAAAAAGAAUCCCACAACAGCACAAAUAAUGAAUUCUGUAAGGAUUAUGUGAUAAUGCAAAAAGAUAUUUUCGAAUAUAUUAUGGAUGUACAAAAUAUUAUUGAAGAUACUGUUCAACUUAUUAUAUUAAAAAGGGAAAUAGAAAAAAGUCAAAGUAGUCAAUUUUCAUUAAGGGAACUUUCUGAACAUUUCAAAGAAAAUGAAGAUUUAUACAAAAAAUUUCAUAUAUAUAAAAAUUUUAUAAAAAAUAAUAUGAGUUCUGAAUUAGAAAAUGAUGAAAAAAAUGAGAAUAAUGAUGAAAUAGCUCAAAUUUAUUUUUGGACACUAAAGAUAAAAAGAAUUGAUCAGGCCAUUUUAAAGUAUUCGAAAUGUAUAAAAAAUAUAUUAAUAAAUAUAACAGGGAAAAAUAGUAAUUAUGUAAAGAAGAAAUUUAUGGAACUAAAAAAAAUGAAUAAUAUAUAUUAUCAUAAAGAAAUAAAAUGUAUAAAUAGUUCAAUCUGUUUUUUAAAACAUUUUUACCCUAAAGGUUUAUAUCAUUUUAUAAGUUCUCGAACAAGUAAUGUGGAAAAUGCAAGUGUUAGUAGUCAAGAAGAAAUUAUGCUAAAGAAACAUUUUUUGAAUAAAAAAGAAGUUACUGAAAUAUCUCCUUAUAUAAUAGUCAAUAUAAAACGAGGAAUAACUUACCACUUAAUUAAUGAAGAAAAUUUAAUUAAGAGAAUUGGUGGUUGUUUAAUUGGAUGUAAAAGUAUUAUAGGUUUAUUUUUUUUAAUAACAAAAAAAUUAUGUUCUCUAGAAAUGAUAUGUAAAUUAGCUCAAAAUGGAGUAAGUAAAACAUUUGACAUGACUGUUGAAGAUAUUUAUGGAUCCCCAUAUAGUGCGGUUGGUUUACGUGGAGAUAUAAUAGCAUCCUUUUUUGGAAAAGCGCAAAAUAUAAAUUACAUUAAUAAUUCUAUUGAUAGUUCUAGGAAAGAAAUUUAUUCAAAUUUAAAAGAAGAUAUAUUAGAUAACCAGGAACAUGUUUCAAGUUUUGAAUAUUUAAGUUUUGAAAGUAGUGAAAGUGAUGAAAAUGAUGAUAAUUGGUAUUCUCAUAUUUUUUCAAAAAGUAAAAAUAAUUAUUCUACUUAUAUUAAUAGCAGAAAAAAUAUGCUUAAAGAAAAUCUUUUUAAUUUUCACAGUGAUUCUCUCUGUAAUUAUACUAGCGUUUCUAUAAAGGAAAAAAAACUUUUACAAAAAGAAAAGAAAAGAAAUUAUAUGAAAAACAUAUAUGAAGACAAUUAUUUAAUAAAGGAAACUGCUGAUAAUCAAAAAAGUAGUGAUUUUAAAAAUAAUAUUUAUAAAUAUGAAAGUGACGAUGAUAAUUAUAAAAAAGAGAUAAAAAAUUAUAGAGGAAGAAAUUCAGAUAAUAAUAUAAUAAUGAGAAAUGCAAUAGAAAAAAAUAAUAAAGAGAAUUUACACAUUUUUGUUAAUAAAAAAAAAGAAAAUAUAUUUCUUAAGAAAAGUUCAAGUGAUUCUAACUUAAAUGUAAAAAAGGGCAAUGACAUAAACAAAAAUACAUCCAAAUUUAUGUAUAAAAAUAAAAACAAAAAGUUAAAUAAUUUUUUAAAAAUUGAUUCUGAAAAAAUAAAAAAUCAUUAUGAUGAAGAAAUUACAAAUAUUACAAAAUUCAAUACUAAUGAAUGUGAUAUAGCAAAAUCUUUAUUAUCAAUGGUUAUAUUUACUAUAGUACAUCUAUCAUAUUUUCAUAGUCAUAUGUGCAAUGUUAAAAGUAUAAUAUUUUCUGGUUUACUUUUAGAUAAUAGUGUUUGCUUAUCACUUGUAAAAAUUAUUAUAAAUUUUAUGUCUCAUAAUACACAAAAAUUAUAUUUUUCUAAAUUUUCUAAACACCUUGGUAGUUUAGGUUCAGCACUUCAUUUAAUUGAUUUGGACAAUUUGUUCUUAAAGUGUAAAUAA